AUGGCAAAGUGGCAUGCUGUCUUGAUCGCCAACAACGGCCCGGACCUGAAGCAUGCCCUGCGGGAUGCCAAGCUGGUCGCUCGUGCUUUGGUGCGCUGUGGCUUCUGCGAGAGGAAGGAGGAUGUACAUUUGCUGCUAAAUCAAACGCGCAAUAGAAUCAAGAAGAAGCUGGAGCAGGUAAUCGAUAGCUUGGCCAGCGAUGCUCAGCUCUUCGUUUGGUACUCCGGUCAUGCCUAUGGUAUGCUGAUGGGCCCACUCCCUGAGAAUCUCACGGCAGACAUGGGCAGCCAGAAUGGGUUUCAGGGGACGUGCCUGGUGCCCAAGAGAAAGUUCAUUCAACGAGGUGAUCAGCUGGAGGAAAGGAUCCAGGGCCUUUGGCUGGAAGAUACCUUGUUUGGCAUGAUUCAAAAGAAAGAACGCUUGAUGCUUUGGUGCGUGAUUGCAGCCUGCCGCACGACCAGAGAAGAUCUCGUGACUGGUUUGACGCGGAAAACGGACCAGAGAGGCGCAGUCAUUCGGGAGCCAGUCGAGUAUGCGCACAAUCUGAGCUUGCUCACAAAGCAGCGGUACCAAUUCAUGUACACCUGCGACAUUGGGGAAGCCAUGAUGGAUUCGUCUAUUUUUGCCAAGUCCUUUUGCUACCACCUGGAAUGCCAGCCAGCAUCUCUAGCUGAGCUGAAAACGAACCUGACAAGAGACAUUGGGUUAAUGUCGUUCGGGCACUUGCGAGAACUGAAGGAUCAUGGGAAUCUGCCGAACCCUCUGGAGGAUACCGAAUUCACUGAAGGCACAGAGAUGCAGACUCGGACCAGGAAGAAGGUCUUUUAUAGGAGCGAUAUGCUUGAUACGAUGAAAAAGGUAAAACUGCUAGUACAUUGCUUGCACGAAAUCGCGGAUUAUGAGACUUUAGUGUGCUCUGAAAGCGAGCCAGAGGAAGUGGAUCUUCGGUCUGAUUCUCUCAGCGAGGAAGAAGACGAGGAGAACGUCGACUUGAAUAGAGAUGAUUCGUAUGAGGAGUAUGAGCGUGUAAGAGAGACAGCUCAGAACAUUAUCAAAAGCUUUUACAAGCCUUCUGAUCACUUUGAGAAGCUUCGACAUCUAAUCCGGCUGCUAAGUUGCGACACGCUGGAUGAGGUCAAGGAAGUCUUGGAAGAACAUCAAACCCCAUCCGCCCCAUCCUCAGGCAGCGGUGGCUAUCCUCCAUGCCCGACUCACUGGACACCGGAAGGUUGUGCUGAAGACUUUAUCAAUGACCAGCGCAGCAUGCUGAAUUUGCCGGAGCUGGUGAUCCAUGCCAUCAGCAAUGCCAUCAUGAGGUUGAAGGACAAGGACAAGGGUGACUUUCCCGGUGACGUCUUCUUGAAGAUGCUGCAAGAGCUGGGAUUCUACUUCACCGCCAGAAAAUAUGAGAACAAGUUGGCAGUUUGCGAUGAAGAUAAGGUCAUCCAGAAGGUGCAGUCCUUGAAUAAAUAUUACUUUGUUACAGAAGGAGUGUUGGGCGCUCAGCAGGAUGCUGAAGACCUGGAAAAGAAGCUGAUGGAUCGGUGUGAGACAUUGUGUACCUUGGUGGCUUUGUCCUAUUUUGGGGGGAUUUUUUGCUGUAGCGUUUAG